AUGUCGGACGAGACGGGGCUCCUGGCGGAGCCGGCCCCCGGUACUAAUUCAGAGGCUGCAACGUCUGUUCGCGGGCCAAGUGUAAGACGAGAGCGGAGCCUGAAGUUCAGGGAGUUUGGGCUCUACGCCUCAAGAGUCUCAUCAGCAACAAAACCCACAGCGCCGGCACCACCUGUUCCAGCCGCACUGGAUCCCAACUCCUACUGCGUCGAUGAAGGCGACGAUUCCGACUACUCGACGACCUUCACCUCUCCUUCCCCAUCGCCCUAUUCCACCGCCACCUACGAGACAAACUCGACCCAGUACGAGCCAGCUCCUAGAUCCCCCAUUUCACCACGAUGGGACUCGCUGGCUCAUAGCACCACCGUCCUAUAUGACCGCGCAUACGAUGAUCCCGCACCUGGAACAGCUUUAGCCACCAGCUCUCCAGUUCCAUCCACCCCGACCAGAUCCGAGCACCCCAACCACACCCUUGACUUCCUGGGUUCCGAGUCGAGGGAUGCGUUCCCGCUUCCCAUGUCGAGUCCUACCACCAAGAUGAGCACCUACGAGGGUCGACCGGUUGUCGGAGACUCGCCUGUUGUCGAAAACUUCUCUCGGCCCCGGCGGCCAAGUAUCAAGCACCCUUCCCCGGACUCCCUCCGGCAGCGUGCGACCAAUGUACCUGCGACCCACCCCGACCAGACGCACCUGGAUACUCUUAGCACUCCUCACCAUCACCUGUGGCCUCGAGAGCGAGGCCAGUCAAUCUCGUCGAACAAGUCCGCCUCCACGUUUGCCUCGCUGCCUGUCCGACCCUCACCCGAUCUCCACGCUCGUGACAGCCUUCGUGGGAGAAGUAGACAUGCAUAUCCACCGUUGGCUCGACCGGCAAUCGCGUACGGUCGCACGGAGAGCAGUGGGCCUGCAUUCUAUCGCGACCCUAUCCCGAGGAUGGCUUCGCUGCCGUCCGAGGAGCUCAGGUCCAGCUUCAGAUCCCAGCUCUCGGCAUCCACUACACCGGGAACAUUGCAAACGGAGCGGAGCAGCGUUAUGACCAAGAGCAGUUCCAUAACGUCCAUUUACGCCCAUGUUGACGACGGCUUCAGCGUGGACGACGUGAUGGGAAUGUACGAGAAGGGCUUUCGUGACGACUCACCGGCUCGGACUGACCAACUAGACGAUGACUCGAGGCCGCCGACGGCAAAGUCAGAGCUUAGCCGGAGAAGAACUGCCAUGUUGGAGGCUCUGUCGGACUCAUUGCCGAUACAAUUUGCAGACGCAGACGAAGAGCAGGCUGGCGAGGGUGGCGCUGUUGACACCAAUGCUGCAGACGAUCUUGAGCCUCUGUCCGCCAACGACGAUGAUGGUCUGGCAGCGACACCUGAUUCGGCCGCUGCCGUUGAGGCUUCCGAAUUGGCUCCAUUUGUAGACCACGGCCGCGGCGAUACGGGUGGCCAGUCAAGACAUGACUCAGGAAAGGUGAUUGAUAAUGAUGACGACGAAUUCCCGACGCGGCUGCAAAAACAGCAAACACAGCCGACCGUACGGAUGAGCUUUGAGAACACAGAUGUCACGAGGGAUCAGUACGGGUUUCGCAAAGAGAACCAGUAUGUGACACAACAGCAAUACGAUAACUGGAAUGAAGGGUACUCCGAAUACAUAGGGCGAAGGCGAAAGAAAUGGAAUGCUUUCCUCAAGGAGAAUGGGUUGAUGACGGAUCAGCCCAACCGCUUCCCACCACGUUCUGCCAAGACGAAACGUUUUGUUCGCAAGGGCAUACCUCCCGAAUGGAGAGGUGCAGCUUGGUUCUACUACGCCGGCGGUCCGGCCAUUCUGGCCAAACACGGCGGCGUUUACGACGAACUCCUGCGCCAGAAGGCCAAGGAUGUGGACAACGAAGCCAUCGAGCGCGAUCUUCACCGAACGUUCCCGGACAACCUCAAGUUUCGUACCGCGAACGCAUCAUCGGCACCGAAUACAGAGCGGACCGAGUCGAGGAGCAGUGAGACCACGGUUACAGAGCCCACGGGGAACGACCCUCGACCCAACGAAACUGCCAUGAUCUCGUCUCUCCGUCGGGUUCUACACGCCUUCUCCAUCUACAACCCUCGUAUUGGAUACUGCCAGUCGCUCAACUUCCUCGCUGGGCUGCUCCUGCUCUUUACCGAGAGCGAGGAGCAUGCAUUCUGGCUGCUCAACAUUAUCACACGAGUCUACCUCCCUGGUACUCACGAGAUGAGCCUCGAAGGCGCGAACGUGGACUUGGGCGUUCUGAUGACCUCACUCCAGGAGUCUAUGCCAGCGGUGUGGGCGAAGAUUGGCGGCGAGCUUGAUGGCACAGACUCGGUGAAACCCAAGUCUCGUAGACAAAAGAAGGGUACCUUGAUCACACGCCUGCCGCCUGUCACUCUAUGUAUGACCGCGUGGUUCAUGAGCUGCUUCAUUGGUACGCUACCUAUCGAGACGACAUUGCGGGUGUGGGAUGUCUUCUUCUACGAGGGCUCCAAGACGCUAUUUCGCAUUGCCCUGGCCAUCUUCAAGCUCGGCGAGAAUGAAAUCCGCAGCGUGGGCGAUCCUAUGGAGAUCUUCCAGGUCGUGCAGACUAUCCCUCGGCGGCUCCUCGAUGCGAAUGGGUUGAUGGAGGCUUGCUUCAAACGCCGUAAUGGGUUUGGUCAUCUCAGUCAGGAUACCAUCGAAGAGAGGCGACAACAACGGAGAGUCACGGUCAAGCUGGAAAAGGAGCGAAUGGCCGCAGGGCUCACAGGCGGGGACGACUCCGCCGACUUCAAGAGGAAGAAUACGCUCUUUGCGAAAAUGAGGAGGCCUGCCGAAGUUAUGUGA